AUGGUAGUCUCUCCUGAGAGUAUUACAACAGACAAAUCACAGUGUGCACCUGUGCGAUCUAAAGAUGACAGAAAUAUGCAGCAGUCCCCGUCGUCUGAGAGAAGUGGCAUGAAUAAGGACAGAGGAUUGCGCCGCAAUCUUGGAAGAUUUAUAACAGACACGCAGCAGACAAUCGAUUCCCAUCUGACAUUGUUUCGCGCAGGCCUGAUAGUCACACUAGCUGUGGCAGCUGUGACUUCUAUCAAACUCAGUGGUGUGUUUAAACGUUUGAAUUAUGUCGAGGAGAUUCCAUUCGAAACAAGACCCGAGCAUAUUUUACAUAGUAAGAGCAUCGAGAAGAACGAAAGCAAUUUACUUGCUGUUCGGCUCUUUGGUGUGCAAGUAGAUGAGAGUGCAGAGGAAUGGAUUCUGUCCAACUUGUUAUCGACGCAUCGAUACAUGACGGUUGAGUUGCUACGACGAAUUAAUUUAGAAGGAAGCAAAAGUGUGGCGAUUUGUAAUAUUGCGCUGCGAAGGCCACCUCUGAGACGAGACUUGGCUUACGAAUUAGUUACUCGUGGUUACGCUGAAUGCAUUUCUGAAAAUCUGGAAAGCUAUGAUUCAGUAUUUGCAAUUUCAUCUCUGGCACAAAAAUUAAGAAAACUUCAGGCAGCAGAGAAGCAUGCACAAGCAAUGCAAUAUGGCAUUUGGAAAGAGUGGCAAGAUGCAAACCUAUCUGAUCGCUUUCUAUCCGCUGGCAAACGCGUAACCACGAAAGGCUUUUACAAGCUUAUUGAAAGUAUUCGACGCUAA